CACCGGAUCAACGAUGAUGUGAUGUUUAACUACUGUAUUCAGACAGACUGUGUCCAUCUCAUAGACCCAAGUGGUGCCUUUGAAGAAAUACAUCUGACAACUACGUCUAAUCCAAACAACACGGAAUGCUUUCGGUUCAAUGAGAAUAACCCAAAGGGCAUUAUUCUGGCCUCUUUUUCCUACCAUGGCCAAAACUGCACAGACCCAUUUAUAUUUGAGAUGAAAGCAAACAAUACAGCAUCUACAAGCGUUUGCUUUUCUGCAGAAAUCCCGAGUUUGUGUGAUUGUGACGCCAUAUUGAACGCAACGAGAGAGACACCAACAACAAUAUCACCAGCUCCGACUCAUAGUACCUCAACUGCAUUGGUGGAUCAGACUGGCAAAAGAAGUUUUUUAAAGGCAAUGGAAUUGGUCAACUCUCUACAAAAUGAAAGCAUGAUCGCCGAGCAAGCAAGUAGGAUCAUACGUCUAAUAGCCCAAGAGCUCAACACUAGCUUUCAAGUAAACUUCACAGCACGGCCCGUAGAUAUCGUUGUCAUUCUACACGCGAUAGCUGCCAAGCUGAAAUCCCCAGAAAUUACCAUGCAACCAGAUUCAUUACGGACUUUUGCUUUGGCUGCAGACAUUCUUGCGGGUAGCAAAAGGGUAGAAGGCAACGAUGCCAGUCAGCAAGAUCUGUCAGAAGUGAUGUUGUCCCUGGAGGAAAUAGUUAAAGGAAGUUUAAACUCUUUGGAGGAGGAAAAAUCUGAAAUGUCAUUCACCAACUUGUUCGUUGGAAGAUACAUUGGCGUCGGAAAAAUAAGCUUCCCAGAUGGAGAAAUCUUGGAGACCCACGACUGGUCACCAAGCAUGGAGAAUCAGAUAGUCUUAACAUUAGAUCCCAAAGAAGGUACAAAAAAGGUCUCAUUUGUCAUAUUUCGCCAACGUGAAAACCAAAUAGUUCCAGAUAAAGGAAUACUUGGGAGUCCUUCCCAUGACAGAACUAUGAGUGUCGCCUCGAAUGUCGUUUCGGUGACAGCAUUGGAUGUAGCUGGAGAAAUAAAAGUUGAUUUGGUGUUUUCCGUACAAAAUCCCCAUCUCAACCAUUCUGUUUGUGCCUUUUUGGAUGCCUCUUUUGGAAAUGGAAAACACUGGUCCGAUGCAGGCUGCACAAUCACAGCCGAAAAUGUGACACACGUAACAUGUAGAUGCGUGCAUCUGACCAACUUUGCCAUACUGUUCCGCCCUGGAAGUAACAGACAAGCUGACCCUGCACUUUCAUGGAUGACUAAAAUAGGAGUCUACUUUUCAAUGGCUUGUUUGGCCACAGCUUGCCUGAUCUACUUUCUAGUUUGGAAGGAUGUAAAAGAUUGUCACACAAUUUUGCAUGUUAAUUUAUCAGCGUGCCUGAUAGUGAGCUACAUCAUUUUCGUGGCAGGUAGCGAAAGGAUUGAGAGCAGAUUGCUGUGCAAGUUUAUAGCUAUCCUCCUGCACUAUUGUUUCCUCGCCGUCUUCUUUUUAAUGUUGGCGGAGGGAGUACACAUUUUAAAAACUGUAGUUUUUGUUUUCAACAAUACUUCUGUGCUGAAAUAUUACAUAUCCGUGGCAUAUGGAGGACCUUUCAUAAUUGUGGCGGUGUCCCUUAUUGUUUCCGGAUCACAAGGCUAUGGGGAUCACACAACUUGCUGGUUGAGUCCUGAUCAAGGUCUUGUCUGGGCGUUCAUAGGACCUGUGAUUCUGAUAAUGGCAAUAAACUUCACAAUUCUUGCCAUCAUUGUUGUGACGUUAAUGAGGACCCGAACGCUAAGAGACACGUCACGAUUCGUCAAAGCAAAAAUAGCACUGCGAGCAAUCCUCAUCCUUAACGGUAUCUUGGGGAGCUCAUGGUCUAUGGGCAUCUUCACUCUCAUCAAUGAUUCCAUCAUACCGCAAUAUGUCUUUGUAGUGCUGAGUCUCUUACAGGGCGUCUCAAUCCUGUGCUUUCAGUGUUUGUUUAACCAUGAGGUCCGACAGGGAUUAAAAAAAAUAUUCUGCAAAAAAAAUAAUUCAAUUGACGUCGCUGUUCUGGGAUUGAGCUCUUUCUAAAAGCAAGAGUUUAACUUGAAAAACAUAAGAUGCCAAGAAUUCUUAUUUCUUUUAAAUAAUUUCCAGGAGUUCUUUUACCAAAUCCAAAUUUAGAUUAUAAAAGAACAACUUACUAAAACAUUAUUUGUUCGUUUUCAUAUAGUUUUAUUUUUGUUUGGACUAUAUUAAGUGUAUGGCCUCUCUACUGUCUAUGGUUUUUGUACUGCUGUACACAGCAAAAAUCUACACUAAGGCAAUUUUUGUACAUAUUAUAUCCAGCAACCGUCCAAUGUAAAGACCACUCUGAUCUAAAUUGUGUUCUAAAUAAAUACAUUAUGUUUGCAUGUAAUAUGUCGUUCAGUUUGGUUUAUUAGAAUAUACACUGAUCCA